AUAUGUACGGGGCGCACAUAACACGCGAUCAUGUUCACGGUCACAUCGGAAAUCUACAGUGAAACCAACUACCAGCCGACGAAGACGGAGGAUGGCCACAAAGUGGUCUCCAAGUUCCGUUUCCGGUAUCCCGACGAGAAGCUGGAGCGGAUUGGGCGCACCACCGCCGAUAAAGAUGGCGAUCUGGACGUGCCACGGCCGCGUCGGGGCGUCAUAGAACUUGAACAUUCCGAGGCCACGGAGCUGAAGCUGGUGGGACUGCAGGUGUGGCGCGGAGCGCUGCUCCUGGCGGACUAUUUGUUUUCGCAGCGGGAGCAGCUGGCCAACCAGACCAUAAUGGAGCUGGGCGCCGGCGUGGGACUGACCAGCAUAGCAGCGGCCAUCCACAGCGGUGGACAGGUCUACUGCACGGACGUGGAUCUGGGCUGCAUCCUGAAGCUUAUCCGUGGAAACGUGCAGCGGAAUGCAGGCCUGCUGAGGAGCCAGGUGUCGGUCCUGGAGUUCAACUUUCUGAUACCCCGAGAAGAGCAGGCGCCAGAGCUCCUGUCCGCCAUCGAUGCCAGCGAUGUGAUUCUGGCUGCGGAUGUGAUCUACGAUGACACCCUCACCGACGCCUUCGUGACCGUUGUCGAUCAGAUCCUGGCCAGAGGACGACCGACUGGCAGGCCCAAGACGAUUUACAUGGCCCUCGAGAAGCGCGUUGUGUUCACCUUCGAGGACUGCGACUCGGUAGCGCCCAUGUACGAGUAUUUCCUCAAGCAAACAGCCCACAAACCGUGGCAACUGGAGCACCUGCCCCUGGACUUUCCGCAGUAUUUUGACUACGAUCGCUGCCGUCAGCUGAUUCUAAUGAGGAUCACCAGCCGCUAG